AUGAAGACAGCACAACUAGUUCUAGAAAGCGUUAAUUUCAUAGUAGGUUUAUUGGACAAUAGUUACUUUUUGGCAACCCCAGUUGUACAAGGCCUAUGCAUAACGCAUAUCUGUUAUGCGAGGGCGUACCUGAGCGUGCACCAGUGCCCCCGCUGUGCCGCUGGCGUUGUGCGUGGUUGGCGUGGACGAUUGGGGCAAAGUGGCUCGUCGCGUAAACAAAGGGCCCCUGCAGCCGACCCCACCAAACUACGACCAACGCGGCGCUUCUCACCGCCUGAACCCAGAACACUUCUACCCUCCAGCCUCGACGCCGGAACCCUGACGUCCCUUUCGACAGUCUGUUUGACACAGAAAUCCAUCCACCAUGCGAGGAGAGGUAUGUCUGCCUGCAUUGGCCCUUGGAUAGCCAUGCAUGCCCGUCCAAUACACGACACCCCCGACCCGGCGCCCCCUCACUUCGCCGCAACAAAGCCAUAUUACUACAUGCUACAUGUACUCUAG